ACAUUUACCCCCGCAAAUUUUUCUCCUUAUCGACUUUCGGCGUCACGCAAAUAAAACUAAAAUAAAAUAAAAUAGCAAAACGAAAAGAGAAGAAGGCAUUAUUAAAAACACUGAGACAGAUCUGAAUAGACACAUAGAUUGUGGUUUGGGAGCUAUGGAAGAGAAGUUGGUACAGAGAUUGGAAUCGGCGGUGGUCCGCUUAGAGGCGCUCUCCACUGGUUUCACUGCCAGGAGCUUGCCGGAGAUUGGUGACGACGCGCCGCUUGAUCCCUCGAUUUUGGCCUUCGACGACCUCUUGGGCCAGUACUUGGCUAGGGUCUCGGCUGCUGCAGAGAAGAUUGGGGGCCAGGUCCUUGAGGUUACCGCAAUUCUUCAAGAAGCUUUUACUGUUCUUAGGGAGCUGCUUGUCAAGGUCAAGCAAACUCAGAAACCAGACCUUGCAGGAUUGGCUGAAUUUCUCAAACCAUUGAACGAAGUAAUCUCGAAAGCAAACAAAUUGGCAGAAGGGAGGCGGUCUGAUUUUUUUAACCACUUGAAGGCUGCUGUUGAUAGUCUCUCUGCUUUAGCUUGGAUUGCAUACACGGGAAAAGAAUGUGGAAUGAGCAUGCCUAUAGCGCAUGUCGAAGAGAGUUGGCAGAUGGCUGAAUUUUACAACAACAAGAUUCUUGUAGAGUACAAAAGUAAAGACCCAAACCAUGUAGAAUGGGCCAAAGCCCUGAAGGAGCUCUAUUUGCCUGGUUUGAGGGACUAUGUUAAGAGUAAUUAUCCUUUGGGUCCAGUUUGGAGUUCUACUGGGAAAGCAGUCACUGCUGCUCCACCAAAAGCUCCUAGACCCAGUGCUCCUGCCCCUCCUCCUCCUCCACCAGCAUCUCUUUUUACAUCUGAAUCUUCUCAGCCAUCAUCAUCAACAGGUUACAAGCAAGGGAUGUCUGCUGUCUUCCAAGAAAUUAAUUCUGGGAAGCCUAAGACGUCUGGUUUGAGAAAGGUUACUGAUGAUAUGAAGACGAAGAAUCGUGCAGAGAGAACUGGAGUUGUUGGUUCUAGUGAAAAAGAGACUCGUACCAGUGCACCUUCAUUUUCUAAGGCAGGGCCCCCAAAGCUAGAACUUCAAAUGGGUCGUAAGUGGGUUGUUGAGAAUCAAAUUGGAAAGAAAAGCUUAGUGAUCGAUGACUGUGAUGCAAAACAAUCUGUAUAUAUUUUUGGAUGCAAAGACUCUGUUUUGCAGGUUCAAGGUAAAGUAAAUAACAUCACUGUUGACAAAUGUACUAAGAUGGGAGUUGUGUUUAGGGAUGUUGUAGCUGCUUUUGAGAUUGUAAACUGCAAUGGGGUGGAGGUGCAAUGUCAGGGAUCAGCUCCAACAAUUUCAGUUGACAAUACAGCAGGCUGCCAAUUAUAUCUAAGCAAAGAAUCUCUUGGGGUAUCAAUAACAACUGCGAAGUCGAGUGAGAUCAAUGUAUUGGUUCCUGGUUCUGAGCCGGAUGGUGAUUGGGGAGAACACUCGUUGCCACAACAGUUUGUUCAUAUAUUUAAGGAUGGUCACUUUGAGACUACUCCUGUCUCCCACUCUGGAGGGUAAUUGGUACUUAUUUCAGUUGCCAAUUGCGUAUAUUGUUUUUCUCUCAUAUUCAUUUGGGCUGUGGUUACUGGUUGCGAUUCGUGUCUUCUGUUCUUUAUUUAAUUCGGUAUGGCUUAUAAUGGGUGAUGCAUUCACUUUGGUUUCAUUCUUGGCAACCUUGUGAGUUUGAUAAACAUUGGGAAUUUUCAGCAUGAUUUUUCUUCUUUCUCGACAGUUUUUUUUUUUUUGAGUCUCCGAGUGAGAUUGUAACAGCUAUCAAGCUGUAAAGAGCCAUAUAUGUUUUUUUUUGUUGGUGCACGAAGAGCCAUAUAUGUUCUUGUAA